AAAUCUCACAAGAAUGAUGAGACUUGGCAUUUACAAAUUAUGCAUAUUCGAAAUAUGGCUCUGCUCUUCUUAUUUUGGUGCACUUUGUUUUGUUUUGCUGCUGACUCCUUUUCCAUUUCCUCUCUUGUUAGUAAAGAGCUCUAUGAUUCAAUAUUCCUACACAAGGACGAUAAUGCCUGCCCGGCCAAGGACUUUUAUACUUAUGAGUCUUUCAUCAAAGCGUCGAGGAGCUUUCCACGAUUUGGGAAUACUGGAAGCUUAGCUAUGCGUAAGAGGGAAAUAGCAGCAUUUCUUGCACAAAUCUCCCAUGAGACUACCGGAGGUUGGGCAACUGCCCCUGAUGGCCCUUUUGCAUGGGGCCUGUGCUUCAAAGAAGAAGUCAGACCUCAAUCUGAUUACUGUGACUCCACCAACACACAAUGGCCUUGCUAUCCUGGCAAGUCUUACAAAGGAAGAGGUCCUAUUCAAUUGUCAUGGAAUUUUAACUAUGGUCCGGCAGGAAAAGCCUUGGGAUUCGAUGGUCUAAAAAAUCCAGAUGCAGUAUCCAACAAUUCCUUAAUUGCUUUCAAAACUGCCUUCUGGUUUUGGAUGACAGAGCGGAAGCCGAAGCCCUCUUGUCACAGUAUCAUGGUCGGAAGAUAUGUUCCAACAGAAGAGGAUUUGGCAGCCAAUCGUACAGCAGGUUUUGGGUUGGUGACCAACAUUAUAAAUGGAGGGCUGGAGUGUGGAAUACCCACUGAUGGAAGAGUUGCAGAUCGUAUUGGCUUCUUUCAAAGAUAUGCCAGCAUCUUUAAGGUCGACACCGGACCUAACUUGGAUUGCCAAUACCAAAAACCCUACUAACUCAUUUUCUUUUUCUAAGUGCCUAAACCUUCUGGUUUUUCGGUAAUCUAGUGGAAUCCACUAGGAAUUGUAUGUGCUCAUCUGUUUGCUCAUUUCAUAAAGAGAAUUCAAUUUGUUUUAUAUAUAAUAGAUGGAGGAUCGUAUUUCGUGUGCAA